AUGGCCGAGGACGCGGCCUGCAUCCCCGCGGUCUGGCGCACCAUGCAAUCCUGGGUCCCAGUCUUGCCCUGGGAUAAGCCCGCUGACGGUUCGUUCGGAAUUCUCAAAUCCCCGGUAACGUGGGACCUUGUCACGGGCUAUCACAUGCACGAGACGACGCGGGCCUUGCACGCCCUGCCGGGGAAGAUGCGCCGCUUCGCGGGGGACUGUCACGAUUAUGGUCGCAUGCAGGGUCCCGAUGGGGGCGCGCCGGAAGCGUCCCCCAGCCACUCAAUCAUUGAAGCAGGGUUUUGGACCAAUAAGAGGAGGAACGAAGGGAACGAAAGGAAUAUCGACGCCCCGCUUCUAGUACAGGGCCAGGCCCUUGAACUGGCGCAGCUCAUGCAGCAACUUGGCGAUUGGGAGGAGAAGGGGCCGGGCGUGGCGGGCGGGAUGGGGGGUUCGGUCUCCGUGGUAGCCCGUAUCGGUGCGGACCUCGACGCGUGGGCGGCCAACGGGCCCGGGCCGGCUGAGGUGCGGCGGCACCGGGUGGCCGCGACACGGCUGAGGCAAAGUCUUCAUAAGCUAAAAUCAAGAGUGGUGGUUGAUAUGGACGAGCUGGGGGACGAGAUCUCGGCAGUGCUGAACAUGGCGUCGAUGGUGCGGGUGGAGCUGGAGCACGGGAGCAAGUCCCCGGAGUGGAUGGGGUGUAACACGUGCAAGGACCAUGUGUUUUCGGUCCUGCAAAAGGCGGCGAAUUCGCUUCGGGAGAUGGCGAGGAUGCUAAACAAGUAUAGCACAGACCUGGGGGUCCUCCUGUAUCCUGACGAUAUAAACGUCCCAGGCCCUCUUGACAUUCGGCGGGGCCCCGUCAAUUUGCAUGGAUUCAGGAGGACAACGGACCAAGCAAGCGAUUUGGCGCAGCUGAUGGGGGCUAUUACGAAGCAGGUUUCACACUGGGGUGAGCUUAUUAACGAUGUGCAGCAUGGCUUCCGGGAGUGGGAGGUGUUCUCCUCCAAUGUCGUAGAGACGUGA